UUCUGAUAUUGCCAUUGGUCGGUUGUACUUAUACAAGCCCGGAGUUUGGUCCCCGAAUUCAGUUGGUUCUGUGGAAAUCAACUUGAUACCAAGUCCUAGAUUCGAUCGUCUGUUGCGUCACACUAGUGAUCACAUUCAGCAGAGCGGUCACCGUUUUGAAAAACUGCAGUUACUUGUCAGAGGUCUGAACAGUUUCAGUGCAGUAUUGAAUGACAAGUCGGAAUGGCAUCACAGGUGAUGGUGAGAUUUGUCGCUUUAUUUCUGUCCGCGUUUCUGCUAUUGUGGGCCGUCUAUCGUCCCUGCCUUGCACAACCCAGCGAUUCCGAGACGUCAGCGGCAUGUCCUAAAGGAUCGUGUUGCAGCGCUUGCUUCCAGGGUCCCGCGGGACCAGCUGGCUCGGCUGGGAUUCCAGGUGUGCCCGGAAAUCACGGCCUCCAUGGGUCAAGAGGUCAAAAGGGUGAGCCUGGCUCGGAUCUUCCUGGACCCAAGGGAGACAUGGGUGAUCACGGUCAGAAGGGGGAGCAAGGAGAGCCGGGGGUUCAGGGACUCGUUGGUCAGCCAGGGAAGCUUGGGCCGGCAGGUCCUAGCGGAGAGAAGGGGGAGAAUGGAGGAAAGGGUCAGCCUGGCUUGGGUCUCCCUGGACCCAAAGGAGAUAUGGGUGAUCGCGGUCUGAAGGGGGAGCUGGGAGACGCCACCUAUCUGACGCCCCCUAUCGUCGCUUUCAGCGCCUUCUUAAACACUCAUUUUACAGGAAAUCACGGAGAUGUCAUCAUCUUCGACAGGGUCAAGACGAACAUCGGAGGCGCGUACGAUCCGGAGACCGGAGUAUUCACAUGCAACUUAGCAGGUGUGUACUUCUUCAGCGUGUCCAUUUUGGGCCGUCCAUCAGCAGGACCCCGGCCGAAUCUUAGGUUGGUUAUGAACGAUGAAGACAUUUUAUAUGUCCUAGAUGGCCAUCCGGGCUUUUACCACCAGUCCACAAAUUCAGUGGUCCUGGUUAUGGCCAGCGGGGAUACGGUUCGCCUAUUCAAUCGGAGCGGUAGUGGAACAAGUAUCACUGGCUAUAAGGAUUCUUGCUUCUCCGGAUAUCUGAUCCAAGCGAUGUAACCAACUCACAGCAACACAUAGUACAUCCAACACAGCAGACUCCAUCACUUUAUUCAGAUGAGUUAAUUUGAUUUAGCUAGCUAGGGUAUUCGUGUUAUCGUGGGACAAUCGUGUCAGAUAUUUUGUCGAAUGGUUAUAGACUUGGCUCAAGUCGGUAUCCAUAACACCCACUCCAUCAAAACCAGUCCUGAAUUUCUUCACUUUGUGAACAUCGUUCCCGAAGCGAAAUAAGUGCCAUCCGUGCCACUUCAGUGCCGUAAAAUAAUGCGCGUACAUACUGAAUGUGUGUAUGUACAGGGAUUUCGCGCUUUUGCAUUUAAAUAUGAGAAGCUUAGCCAAAAAUAUUGAUAAUUUGAAAGUUCUUCUCCACUCUUUAAAGCAUAAUUUUCUGUUAUUGGCUUGAUUGAGAUCAGCAGGCUAAAUGCAAAUUCCUGUAUGAAUUAAUAAUGAAGAUACGUACUUGUGUAUGAAGAACAGAGACCGAGGUAGAGUUGGUGGUGGUGUUGCUUUUAUAUUAUUAUAUCUACUUUAUCUUCAAUACAUGUAAUUAUGU